AUGCCCUCCAACCCAGGAAACAAGCGUGUCCGGGGUGUCUCCGUCUACCGACCUUUCAUCUUCGGCAGUGAGGCGCAGCUCUUUGACCCCGAGAAAAAACCCGCAAACUGCCCACCUGACCACACACACCAAUGGCGCAUAUUCGUGAAAGGCGUCGACGACCAAGAUAUCUCCUACUGGUUGAAAAAAGUCCAAUUUAAGCUCCACGAAACCUACGCUCAAAAUGUACGCACGAUCGAAACCCCACCCUUCGUAGUCGAGGAGACUGGCUGGGGAGAAUUCGAAAUCCAAAUCAAGCUCUACUUCGCCCCCGAAUCGAACGAGAAGCCGCAAACCCUAUGGCACAGUCUGAAGCUGCACCCCUACGGCCCUGACGCGGAGGGUAUGAAAGAGCGCCGAGAAGUAGUUGUUAGCCAGAACUACGAGGAGGUUAUUUUCAAUGAGCCUGUUGAGCCGUUCUAUGAGACUCUUACAGGCGGUGGGGUUAACGGGGUGUCGAGGGGGAAAGGGAAGAACUCGAAGACGGGUGCUCGCACAGCGGAUAUUCCUGUGGGCGAUAGUCCUAAGAAUCCGUAUAGUCGAGUGACGGAGAAUAAGGAGCUUGAUCGCAUGGCUGAGGCGACGAAGACUGUUGAGCAGAUGACUAUGGCGGAGAAGGAGAGGUUGGUUGAGCGAGAGAAGAGGUUGGCAGAGCUACGAGAGAGUGAGGGUGUUCCGGCCAACACGAAGAGAAAAUGA